GCAGGCUCUACUACGCAUGUGUCAGGCUGCCCUAGCUUGGCCGUGGGACGGCGUCGACUCACGUGAGGGACCUUUUCAACGCGUGGAAGGUCUCUCGCUUGACCCCGCGGUAAUCGGGACUACGAUUUGAAAUCUUGCCUAUAUCGAGAUUGAGAUGUCUGCCAAUGAGAAUGCUGCCCGUCUCAACAGGUUCAAGAAUAAGGGAAAGGAUUCUAAUGAAAUGAGGAGGAGGCGGGUGGAAGUCAACGUGGAGCUGAGGAAAGCCAAAAAAGAUGAGCAGAUGCUUAAAAGAAGAAAUGUUAGCACUUUUCCUGAUGAUGCCACAUCCCCUCUACAGGAGAACAACCGGAACAAUCAAGCCACUGUCCACUGGUCUGUUGAAGAAAUAGUUAAAGGCAUCAACAGCAAUAAUGUGGAAUGCCAGCUGCAGGCAACACAGGCUGCCAGGAAGCUCCUAUCCCGAGAAAAGCAGCCCCCUAUAGACCAGAUAAUCAGAGCUGGCUUGAUCUCAAAGCUGGUGACCUUCUUGGGAAGAGUAGAUUGCAGCCCUAUUCAGUUUGAAUCUGCUUGGGCCUUGACCAACAUUGCCUCCGGCACAUCAGAGCAGACAAAAGCUGUCGUAGAUGGUGGAGCAAUACCUGCCUUUAUUUCCUUGCUGGCUUCCCCCCAUAUGCACAUCAGUGAGCAAGCUGUGUGGGCUUUGGGAAAUAUUGCAGGGGACGGUUCUUCCUACAGAGACCUGGUCAUUAAAUAUGGCGCACUUGAACCACUUUUGGCUCUGCUUGCUGUUCCUGAUCUCUCUUCAAUCGCUCUUGGCUACCUGCGCAACGUAACCUGGACUCUGUCAAACCUCUGCCGUAACAAGAACCCUGCGCCGCCCAUAGAAGCUAUUGAACAGAUCCUUCCUACUUUGGUUCGCUUGCUGCACCACCAUGACCAUGAAGUCUUGGCAGAUACAUGCUGGGCUAUUUCUUACUUGACUGAUGGCCCGAAUGACAGGAUUGAAGUGGUGGUGAAAACAGGGCUCGUGCCGCAGCUGGUGAAGCUCCUGGGAUGUGGAGAAAUUCCCAUAAUGACGCCUUCAUUAAGAGCCAUAGGAAACAUUGUCACGGGCACUGAUGAACAGACACAGAUUGUAAUAGAUUCAGGAGCACUCGCUGUCUUCCCCAGCCUGCUUACUCACCACAAAAACAACAUACAGAAAGAAGCGGCAUGGACCAUGUCUAACAUCACUGCCGGCCGGCAGGACCAGAUCCAGAAGGUUGUGGACCACGGGCUUGUCCAAUAUCUCAUUGGCAUCUUGACAAAGGGAGACUUCAAAUCGCAAAAGGAAGCGGUGUGGGCUGUGACCAACUUCACAAGUGGUGGAACAAUUGGCCAGAUCAUAUACCUUGUUCAGGCUGGUGUGGUGGAACCACUGUUGAACCUGCUGGUGGUUAAGGAUAGCAAAACCAUCCUAGUGAUACUGGAUGCCAUUAAUAAUAUAUUUGCGGCAGCUGAGAAGAUAGGCGAGACCGAAAAGCUUUGCCUCAUGGUUGAAGAGUAUGGUGGCUUGGAUAAGAUCGAAGCUCUACAGUCCCAUGAAAACGAGCAGGUGUACAAGUCUGCGGCAAACCUGAUUGAAAAGUAUUUCUCAGCAGAGGAAGGAGAAGAUGAGAGUGUUGUCCCGGAAUCCAGCACCGAUGCAUACAAUUUCCAGAUUCAGGACACUUCCAACGCGUUCAACUUCUAGCUGUUCUGUGUGACACAGCAUUCAACCUUCUCUAAUCUGUCUUGUCUGUCUCCUUCAUCUUGUUUUUACUGCCUUUCUCUCUUUUUUCUACAUCAAAUGUGAAGUAGCACUUCGUUACCACUGAAAUGUACUUGAACAGUUCAUGGCAGGGUGUUUAUGCUUUGUGAACUAGCCAAACUGUCUUCCUCUACCUUUUUUUUUUUGUAUAAUUGUAAAUUCUUUAGUUCUGUGUCUUUGAACUAACCUUCAGCAGUGAAGGAUUUGCUGGAAUUUAGGCUGCUCCAGAUGGUAUUUGGAAGAAAACAGCAUGUGGGCUCUGGACUUCCUGAUAACCCCCCUGGCCUGCUAAACACACAUGCACACAGAGCACAAGGGAUGUGGUCAUAUCCUGGCAACAUAGCCAUCUCAUUGGAGUUUGGGCUUCCUUGACUUUCAGGGCAAAAGCCUUCCAAAUACUUUUUAAAGAGUUCUUGUUCAAACUUAAUAAACUGGUAUCUGCAUAUAAGCAAAGCUGUUAAUCUCUUCUUUGAAGAUGCAAAAUAGCGCCUGUAGCUGUUGAACUAUAAAAUACAAUGAUUAAAAUACGCAGGAACAAUUCAGUUGUGGAAACAAAGCAUGCAACAAAAGAGACAAUUCGAAAGCAUGAUUAAAAGGUUUUUUAAAAAGUUGAUGGAAAUGAAAAAAAUGGGUGUGUAAAGAGCUAGGGAGCAAUGCGAUGGUUGGAUUAUUGCUCUUCACACAAGGCGCAGGCUCUUUAGGAGAAGCAAAGUGAUCGUUUUUUACUUUUGUCACUAUCUGUCUCCAGUCCUGAAUUUGUUAAAGGAGUUUGAUUGCGUGCUGUUCUAGAUAAUGCACUUAGAAUAGUGAUAGCUGGUGGAAAAGGAUGCUCACCUUUGUCUCUGCAUUGCUGCUGGCUGGAUCAUACCU